GACGUGUCAACCAGACGGGUUCCACCCGCGCCAUUUUAGCAUGGCCAGCGAUGCUUGCCUACAGGUGUUGGCCCUUCUUUACCAGCUCAUGGACGUCACAAGGACGACCUCGGCAGUUAUGCACAUGAAGUCAAUGCUCUUGGCCAGGAAGCACAAGGGCCCGGGCAGAAGAGGCAUCGCCUUCUUCUCGGCGACGCUCUGGGUCAAGGGCAAAAUCUUUGGACGCGAAUGCAAGGACUGGGAGGCCAAUCAGGGCAUAGGCCCGCAUUUCUCAACAACGCAAAGAAGAUCGCCUGAAGACACAGUGUGGAGACAGUCGAUGCGAAGCGAGCUGGCAGCAGGCAAAGGACACCACAUCCUCAAGAUUCUAUGGGAUCAGAAGUCUUACUGCGAGACCACAGACCACGUAACCAUGGUCAAGCAAUUAGAGUACACCCGGACCCAGCUCACAUCUCUUUUCAAUUUGCACGUUUACAGGUGGCCGAGAAGGCUAUUGCUGGACGGUUGCGCUUCGGCCUGCAAGUACCCGCGAAGAGGGCAGUUUCUUGCGCAGGAAGUUCUGAGCGGUCUGCCCAUCGGCGGCUCCUUAGGACGAGGCCCGGAACCACCGAGAAACCGUUUGGGAUAGGAAAGUCUAGGCGGUUUGCCCAUGC